AGAAUUGGCCUUCACAGCUUCCGUCGUAUCACCAGUGCGCAUGAUCAAAUAUUUCGUUACCAGCGUUGGAAGAGGAAGAUUUAAAAUUGACUCUUCAACUAACUAAUUAAACUUUGCUAGAGGGUCAAGCAGAGUACGAUGUUCUCUUCGCAAUCGAAUGACUGGCCGGCAAUGUAGCUUGCGGCUACCAGCAAACCAAAGUAUGCAGUUAGCUGAAAAUGAGUUGAUGUUUGUCCGUAUUAGGUUGUCAACUAUUGCAUUACAAGUGAAGUGUGUAUUGUAACGUUGCAUUAACAUAAAUUCGUUGUGUGUGCGCGAUGUGACGAGUGGAUGAUAUACAUACAGCGUGUAUGCAGUAUAAGGACGAGUAGAAAUGACAACAUGCAAGUGAUGAGGUUACACAGUGUGUCAGAGCAAAGCGGAUGUGUAGGAUGCAGCGAGGAGAACACUUCUGUUCCUCUUUUGUCCAUCUGUCAGGGUUAUGCCAGCUUCAGCCCAGUUUGAAGAAAAUGGUGAUAAAUCUCUGCCUGCCACAUUUCAUGACCACAGUCCAUUGCGAUAAGCUGUGCGCAGAUGGCUAUGAUGUCACCAAUCUUGUCUCUGCUGAACCGGCUGUCCGCAGAAGAGGCUUUAAGCUGGAGUACUUCCUUCGUCCACCAGUACAGGUGACGCUGAACUUUGGCUUCCAGGUGGAGCUAUGCCGGGUGGAUGUCGAGCUGUGGCCUUGGGGCAUGGACCUAGGACAGGCCUGCAAGAGGGUGGAGGUCAGCACCUGCCCUGACCCGGUACCUCCACCCUCAGCUCCAAGCCAGGGGCAGACUCAAAAGGAGAGCUCUCAGAAAGCAGGUGUGCGGCACUCUGGUGCAGACCAGACCCCAGCCACCCAACAGCAGGGGGAUCGGCGCACUACCUCCCCCCCGUCUCACCGAUACUCUUGUGGCCGCCUGGCGGAAGAGUGGAGCGAGCAAGCCCUCGAUGAAUGCCAGGAAAGAAGCCGACCGUACCGGGGUUCCGCUUCGUCCACCGCAACCCAUAAACGUCAAGAUCAUCACCAUCAUCCACAACAUACCAAUAAUCAUCAUCACCGCCAUCCCCCAGAGCAGGAGUUCAAAAUGGUAGGUCGUACUGAGCUCAGGGAGGAGACCCGGGUCUGCUUCUCCAAUCCGGGGUUCAGGGCCCGGCCCCCCUUCCCGUCCCCGGCCCCCCCGGCGGGCCCCGGGCCCUGCCUGCGGGAGGAGCUGUGGAGCCGGGGGCUGCUGUCGCUGGGCGCGGUCAGGCAGCUCCGCGUGACGCUGCCGUUCGGGGGCUCGGCCUCGGCGCUGGGGCUCAAGGGCCUGGCGGUGUGGGGCCAGCCGGCGCGCUGCUGCCCGGCCGCGGAGGUGGAGCGGCUCCGCGGGGCCCAGGAGGCCGGCGAGAGGCCGCCGCCUCGCCCGACGCUCUUCGCGGCCUCGAACGACGAGACGACGCCGCCGCUGCCGUUGGCGGCGACAUGCAGCUCCCCCUCCCUGCCGGAGGAGUUCCUCGACCCCCUGACCCAGGAGUUCAUGACCCUGCCGCUGCUGCUCCCCAGCGGGGUGUCUGUGGACCACACCACCUUAGAGGAGUUCCAGAAGAGGGAGGCCACCUGGGGGAGACCCCCUAACGACCCUUUCACCGGGGUGCCCUUCACGGCAACGUCAAAGCCUCUCCCCAAUCCUCACCUGAAAGGCCGCAUUGAUCGCUUCCUCCUCCAGACGGGGGCUGCCUCGAGGGAAGGUGCACUGGGCAGACAGGGGGAGGGGGCGGAGCCUCAGGCCUCGAGACUCUUACCUGCUCAGGUAGAUGGAAAGUCUCAUGACGGUCCUGGUCGGGAAGAGACACUCGGCCUCGGUACAGACAACUCCAUUGAUGCUGGAAGGCAUGGUAACGGGAAGAGACUGUUGCAGAUCACGGACAAUGAAUCUGAUGAAGGAAAGGCUGAGCAUGAAAAAGAUGCUUUGAACGCUCAGACUAAAUGGUCAUCAGACGGUGCUUGUGUGUCCCUGGCGGUUCGUAAAGAAAACCACAUGGCUUUCAGUGACAAACUUCCAGCACCUUCGUCAUCAUCACCGCUGAAUAUGUCAGUCAGGUCUGAAUUGGAGCCAAAACCAAAAAGAAAGAGAACCGAUAGCAAUUCCACUCCCAGCAGCUGCUCCCAUGAGGAACGCCUGUCCUCCAGUCUGGAUGAGGCCCUCGUAACUGUGCUGCAGGGCCGACCUUCCUUCGCCUCCAAGCCCACCACACACACUUUGCAGAGACCCCACCCUGCCGACGAAGUGCCACCCGAUUCCUCCAAGCACACCCACGGAACAGCUACUGCAGCACCUGUGUUACCGGGAGGCACCCAUGAGAUUAGAGCGGGCUGCAUACUUUUGCGACGAGGUAAGGAUAAAAUGACGUGAUUGUGGCAAUCAAACAAACAACCUCGCUGAACUUCUGUCUGGAAAUUAGGCGAGGUUAUGUGCAGAAAUAUCAAGAUAGAUAUUUUCAAGUUGACUGCCUACUUUAAUGUGCUUGUCUAUGCUAGCAAAGUGUAGUCCAAUAUUGUUUUAAGUCCAAACAUUUAGUCUUGUCAAGUGGCCAAGGGACAUUGAGUCUCUUCAAGGGACUUGCAUCUAGUCAAAUAAUCUCUGCUAAAGAAUAGCUAAAAUGUAUGAUGUACAAAAACGUGAAAGAAUUAGGUUUUUUAAUGAGGAGGACUUGGUUCAUUACUGGUGUUCAUUUAGUGUUCCUGUCUUUGCCCCACCACUGUAUUGUUAGAUUUUUUUUAUUUUGAAUCAGGAUGACAACAAUGUGUUUACAUUACACAUUGUUGGCCUGCAUUUGAUAACGUUUAUUAUUUCUUCCCCUUUUAAAGAUAUAUUGGCUACCUUUUUAAAAAACAAUUCCAUCAGUACCUUAACCUUUAAUAUAAGGUAAUUUAAAGGGACUACGUGUGGGAUUUUGACAUGUAUGAAUCUCUUUUAAAGCAAUGACAUGAACAGGUUGUACAGACUUCCCCGACUCUUUUCAAUGAGUAGAUCCAGUGGGCGGAUUUCUAUUAUACCUGAACAGGGACGAUUUUGCCGGGAAAAUGGAAGGAAGUGACGUCCAGGGGCAAUGACGUCCACUAACGGCAAAAUCAUUAGUUCAUGAUUGUUAAUGUACCAGCCAUCAAAGCUCGCACUACAGUGCUCUCAAUUCACAAGCUCAAGCAGGCUGCCAUUCAAUUGGCCACUUAGCCACUUAGCCAAUGCUCGCCAAAGGGGCCAGUAAUGAGAAGGACUUUCAGUUUCUUACACAUUGUACCUAUAAAGAGCUAAUUAUGGUUCCACGUUGAUGCAACGCAAGGAGCACGCAGACACUUUGACGCAGUGGAGAACCUGUGUUGGUUCUGCGUCGUGCUUAGGUCAGCGGACCAAUCACAGCCCUUGCUGCUGCGUCGCCUCGACGGAAGGUUACAAUUCUUGGGAGGCGCACGUCAGGCACUUGUGGUUGACGCAAGGAGGGUCCGCAAGGAUGUAAUGGGUCUGUAAACACCCAUGUGUUGUGUCGGCGUGGAACCAGAAUCAGCCCUUUACUCUCUCCAGUCCAUGCUCCUAUUGUUUACUUUUUGAAUGAAAUCUCCUCCCCUGCAACAUCUGCAUUACUGGUUCACCUCCGUCCCUGUACCCAGAUGAGAAGCAGUGUUCAGCUUGUUCCGGAUCCCUCUCCCUAUACUCCUCUUCCUCGCUGGCCGUCUACCGCCUCUCCUGCGGUCACCUGUUGUGCCGCACCUGUCUGCAAGGGAGAUGUAGACCACCGAACCCUGCCAACGCAUCAGCCAAUCCCAGCGUGGUAUCGUGCCCCACAUGCCGACGCCCCACCCCCAGCGGCGAGAUAACACGCGUGCACCACUGACGCAUCGGACCACGCGCCGCGCCGAAGGACGGACACCGCCGCCCGCGUUGGUUGGCGAGGCUGAUCAGAACCUCCUGAGGUCGGAGAUACAAAAGGACGGAUAAACCGCUCUGCGCUGGAGGCCUUGUUGGAAUCACUGUUUUUGUGCAAUGCUGGUCCGAGUGACGUCUGGACUGUUGCAUUUAUGGUGCUAUUUAACAGGGUUGGGGGUUGAAUUAAAGGCACGUGUUACGGCAAUUGACCCCCUGUUUGAUUUAUUAAAAGCCUUUGAGUGAGACCACCAUCCAUUCUUGACGCUAGUCGAUGCCAGGCUAAAUUUGUAUCAAUUAAUGCAAUGCAUCAAUGUCUAUUGGUACACCAUCAAUUCUUUGAUGGCUUUUUUGACCACGUGUAUCUAUCUUUUUUCCUCUUCCUGUCAAUGUUCCCUAUGACGGUCUAUUGAAAGAAAAUCGUACAUGUGUGACAACUCCAACCAGAACAAAAGCAAGGCGCUAAGAAUAUAAUUCUGUCACAUGAAAGAAAAAUCGUAGUCACCUCCCCACCCUCCCCUUGUUGCCACACCGAGAGUGCGUUUGUGAGCCGGGUUUGCAGCCUUGUGUUGGCCAGUGCUGACAAAGAGCCGAAAAUGUGUUAAGAUGGAACAAAUGUCAGUGACGACGAGCGCCAGGAGAAAUUAAUGAAAACCAGAGGGAGUUUGUGUGGUUACAAGGUUGCUGUAAGGGGGCUUCACUGAAGUCUGACCCCAGCGACAUUGGUUUAGAUGACCUUGUGCUUUGUAAAUUGUUUAUCACACCGGUUUCUUUUUUCUCCGAAGAUGUCUUAUUUUCUCAGAAGAUGUGUCUUUUCUCAGAGCCAGUGUGGACUUAAAAUGGAUCAACGGUUCGAAGCAGACUGCAAUAUCAUUACAAAUAAAUGAAUAACAAAUAAACCUAAGACUAAGAUAUAAUUGUAGAAUAAGGUUAUUUUUCUUCAACUGCUUUAUAUUAGGUCCGAAUCGCUUUUUGUCUGUAUAUAGACCUUUCGAGGCCCCUAUUUUGUUCUUUCCUCACUGAUUUCAUUCUCUCCAUUGUCAACCUAAAAUAACCUUAUUUCGGGGUCAGGUCAUAGUUACAUUAGAAUAGCAUGAUGGGGACAAAAGAAGUGGACAAGCAUUUCUUAGCCUUCACGCUCACAAACAGUACACAAGUUCUUUGUGUUGGUUUCCAUGACGACAUUAACCAAGGUCAUGAUCCUAUAUCCGUUUGAUAAGUGUGAAAACGGAAAACAAAACACAUUGCGCACAUGCAUAGAUGCCCACCUUUUGCACAAAAUAUAGUGGAGCUGGAAAAACAGCCUUGCUUUCGACCCCAAUUCCGAAUAUUUAACGUUGAUGAGGAACACAAAGACUAAGGUUUGAUUUGUAUUUAUUCAAAGCAUCAAGCGUGAAUGUUGAGGUCCCAAUUAGAGGAUUGCAUCUCACGUAUUGAAAGUGUUUAUUGUUCUCAUCAACCAUCUCCACGUUAAUUGUCCGAGUAAAAGUUAAUCAGGAGAGGACACGCAAAAGCAUGCAA